UCUAGAGCUGCGUAUUCUUUCUGCAGACCAGUUUCUUUCCAUCGGAGGGGGGUUCCAUUAGUGGUCGUUUUUUAGUGAAAUUCAACGAAAAACGGUGCAAAUCGUGCUGUGUUGCCGCCAAUACAAUACGCCUGAUCAACUAACAUGCCGAAGAAUAAGGGAAAGGGAGGAAAAAACAGACGGAGAGGAAAGAAUGAGAACGAAGCAGAAAAACGCGAGUUGGUUUUCAAGGAGGAUGGACAAGAGUAUGCGCAGGUAGUGAAGAUGCUAGGCAAUGGUCGAUUAGAGGCAUUGUGCUUCGACGGUACUAAGCGUCUUUGUCACAUCCGAGGGAAGUUACGCAAAAAGGUGUGGAUCAAUCAGGGUGACAUCAUAUUAGUUGGUUUGCGAGAUUACCAGGACGCCAAAGCAGAUGUAAUCCUAAAAUACAACCCCGAUGAAGCUCGAAACCUAAAGGCGUACGGAGAGCUUCCGGAACAUGCGAAGAUCAACGAGACAGCAGCGUUUGGCGAAGAAGAAGAAGACGACAACAUUGAGUUUGACGACGUUUCAGGAGACGAGGAUAUCGACGAUAUUUGAGCUCCAUAGGGUCCCUUGUAAAAAGCUACUAUGUAUUAAACCCGACGAAACCGCGACUUAUGGACUUUCCCUAUAUAAUAUAAAUAUAUAAUAAAGCUACAUAAAAUUA